AUUCAAAUUAUUAAAUUAAUGAUUCAACAUUUAUUUUUGUUUCAUUCAGGCUGUUGUAAAACAACCGUUUGUCACAACAUGCAUUAGAAUGGCUCAAAGAUAUGACGCAAUAUUUGUGGAGGUGCGGGCAAAAUUGGGCCGAGAAAUUAUUUUGUCGAAAACCCAUAUUAAUUAUUUGGUUGAACUUGGUGUCGAUGUUGAUGCGAAGAAUUCACGAAUCACGGGAAGUUGGCAAAGUGUUUGUAAAGCUCGUGAGUUUCUGGUGCGGCAUUAUCCAAGCAAUGGGGGAAGGUGGGGGGUUAAUGGGGGGUCAAAGUGGGGGCAUAAGAAUACCAAGAAUUUAAAGAACGAGGAAUUUGUUGAAAGUCGAAUGGUUGAUGCAGAUGUGUAUUCACUUGUUGCUAUGGGUGAGGAAUACAAAGCCAUGUUGCGACAGUUCAAAGUAAUUGUGAAGGAAGAGCAAUUAGAUGGGGAUUAUGACAUCAUAAAUGUAACUUUCAGCGAGAAAAAUAAGAAUAAUAUGAUGGAUUUUGUUUCUUACUUCCAAUCGAUUUAUGAACGUAGGAUGAGGUUUGUGGAUCGCGCAACGAUUGAUUUGUCAACAAAUCAACUCCAAGAUUUGUGGGAAUCGGAAAUAAAUAAAGCUGUUAAAGCAACAAAGAAAGAUUUUCCGAAUGUUAUAAUUCGAGUCUCGGAAAAGUUUGAGAGAAUUUCGAUCGCUGCGCCUCAUGGGAGGUCAGUGGUCGAUGCUAAAGCUAAACUUGCUGCGAUUUUGUUAAAAACGAACAAAAAACUUGAUGCAGACUCGAUAUUCUAUAAUGAGAGGUUCAGAAAUAAAUACAACGGGUUCGUUGUGUCUGUUGGGACGGGAAACAUAGCUGAGCAACGUACCGAUGCUAUCGUGAAUGCUGCAAAUGAUCAACUGCAGUAUGGUGGGGGGGUUACUGGGGCUAUAUAUGAUGCGGGGGGUUACAGCUUCGGGGAUGAAUGUAAGAAGAUGAUGAAGGCGCGCAAAGAUCGACCUUUAACGCCCGGGGAGGUCGUUUCUACUAAAGCUUGUGGAAAACUUAAAUGCAAACGUGUGUUACAUAUGUUAGGCCCUAUGUGGUACGGAAUAACUGAUCAUAUAUAUGAGGAAAAUGCAUCAUUAUUGUUGCAGGGGUUGGAAAAUGUGUUAAAAGUUUGUGAAGAACAUAAGUUGGCAUCUGUCUCCUUACCUCCUGUGUCUACUGGUAUAUAUGGUGGCCCACUGGAUGUGUUCUUGGAUAAGUUUUGUGAAGCUGUGUUAAAAUAUCAGGUCAAGACGGGUGGUCAUCCAACCGUCAAGAUGAUACGGUUGGUUGCACUCGAUAAUUACACGGUUGACGAUAUGCGGAAAUAUUUCGCUAGUUUCACGGCUUCAAAGGUUGCUGUUGGUUCCGUGGCAUCGAUCCAAGGCCAUAAAGUGGUGAAAGAGGAGCCACGAAGCAUGGCAUCCAAAUCAGCACAUGAUGUGGUAUCUAAUGUACAGCAUAGUGGGACAUCGAUCCCGAAGCAUGGAGUGGUAUUGGAGGAACAGGCCGGUAUGGCUUCGUUGAAGCCGAGUGGCGUGGCAUCAAGUGAAAAAUAUAGCGUGGUGUCGGAAGAGCCACAUGGCAUGGCAACUAAAGAACAUCGCCACAUAAAGCCGCAUGGGGUGGCAUCGAACACAGUGAAUGGUGUGGCUUCCAAUCCACGGCGUGAUGUGGCCGAUGGCGCAACCACAACUAGAAAGGGUGAUUAAAAAGGAAAAGGAGGUUAAACAAAAACUCGAAAACC